CCGACCAUUUGACUCCCCUUGACUCCUAGCAGGGCAGCUCGUUUAGGGCUCUGUUUCCCCCCCGGCCAGUCAGAUUCUCGGGAUGACUCUUUCAUUUCCCCCCCCCCCCCCCUUCCCCUCGCUCUCGCCCUCGCCCUUGUGCCUUGUUGAGGGAAAAAAAACAAUGGUCGCACUACUGUAAAGCCAGAGAUGAGGCGCUCCACUUUUCUCCGGGGUUUAACCAGUUUCACCAGGCCCUUCAGCCAGUUUGGGUAAUACCUAAAGCAUCCGGCACACCUCGUCUUCUCGGUGGACGAACUCUACACAUCAACUCCUGAAUGCCAACUCUCUCUCUUCUCUCACCCUGUGCAGGAUAUUGAGCUGGUCUAAGGGUUUCCUCUUCUUAUCGCCCGUUCCGAUCUCCCCGAUCCUUCGGACAGGCGGAUGAAUCGAAUACGAUCAACUUGUGAUCAGCUGUUUUCGCCUUGCAUUGCGGGUUGAGUAUCAUUGUCAUCUGCCUAAUCUAACGUCACCUUCCCCUCCUAUCACCCUGCCUUGGGCACCAGCAAAUUGAUUCCGGACCCUUCGCCCCGUCUGACUGGUCGCAUCAGAGGCCUGCGAUGGUUCUGUCCAAAUCCCGACACACAGGCUGGAGGAAUAUUGGUGACUGCCGGCGCGGUAUGCAGCUGUAGUCGUUGAAUUGCGUCGAGACCACCACUGCCUUAUCUCGCAAUCAUGUCUAGCAACGGACCAAGGCCGGUGGAUUCGACGCGGACCCCUCCAACCAUUGGGCCUUCGGCGUCGUCGAAACCGGAUGUUCCGGGGCCCUCCAGCAGUGGCGAUCCAAAUGCAAAGUCGAGACGACGCCGGCGCGGCGCUGACCCGGAAUCUCAACCCAAGAACCAGUCAUUCUACUUUGUUGACUCAACCUCGUCCUCGAAGGAGAAGCGGGCACAUGUGAUGCGACAUCAUGUUCAGGAGAAAAGGAAACACCGCAAACUUUCACAUGGAAACCUGCAACUAGAACAAGCCCAAGAACCAACUGCCUGGCCAGUCAGGACUGAUUCGGGUUAUGACACGGGCAAUGCUAAGGAGGCGGCCAUGAUCGGUGUCCCGGGGCCUGCUGUUAAGCAGGAAUCAUCGCUUCAGAUCCGGUUUUCGACUGUGAAGCCAUAUACCCGAGAAACAGUACCGUUACAAAUGGAAUCACCCAUGACGAUGCUCGAUGCAUCGCGAAGGGAUCCCUUCUCCAGCUUACCGAUAGUUCAUAACCCUGAAGAUAUGGAGUUGGUGGAUUACUGGACGACCAAAUUGACCUACUGGUCCGGCCAGAACCCUUAUGUGAAAAACCGAAUCUUUCGAACGGCCAUGGAUCAUCCCUUUUCCUUCCAAGCCGUGGUUCUUGUAUACUGUGCAAGAUGGAAAGCCCAGCUGUAUGGGCAACCCGAUUCCAAGGAAGUCCAACGACAUGUCGGACAGGCUAGAAAGAAUAUUGAAGACGCUACGGCGGGCCUGUUGCAGGUGCACGACGACCAAUUAGCCAUGGCGCUGGCAGGCAUGGCCCUGUCGGAGGAGCGAUUCGGAAGUAGCCAAGAUGCCCACGCAUUCCUUCAGCAUGCCGUCCAAAUCAUGCGCCGACAUCCUGGAUCAAACCCUCCCAUCGAAGUCUUUGUUCAUUACGUGCGGUACAUAUUACCGUCGCAAUCUCCAACUUUAACCCCCGCCGACCAACGCUGGCUGGUGACAUUCCUGCAUGGAGCACAAGACCUCAUGCAAAGGCACAGUGCCCCCGAAUAUCAACCCCAAUCAUCGCAUCGACGCACCGCAUUCCAGAUGGAGAGCCCACUAUUCUCCCUCCUCUCCAGCGGACCCCGACCCUCGCAGGUACCACAGGCAUCACGAAUUUACGUGGUCCGCGAUGCGCCAACCCAGGAGGUCAGCCGGUCGGCCUCGCUUAUCUACAUCACGGCCGCAUUGUGGGACUUUAGAGAUUCGAUCAAUCAGACUCAUCGAUUCCUGGUAUACCUGACCUCGCUGGUCGAGCAGCACCAGCUUGACCGACAGCCUGCUUGCGAGACGCUACUAUGGCUGUUGCUGGAGCAAGCGUGUGAUGCAGACUUGCGAGACUCUGAACGGCCCUGGUCGACCGGUGCACUGCUUCGGGCACAUAGGCAGCUGCGGCCGGAUCUGCAGUUUUAUUUCAAUGAGCUUUUGAUGACCUUUUUAUCGCUACAGCCGCCCAUUCGAGGUGUUGAUGUAUUUGAGGCUGAUCUCAAAGCUAGUCUUGAGGGUAAUAGUAGCAUUACUUAACACCAAUAGUAUAAUUUCGAUUUGUUGUCAUAAAUAACGUUUAUUUUUAUGAAUUGACUUAAGGUUGC